AUUUAUCUCCAUCUUUCCCAUUAAUAACUUCCACAUUUUCUCACAUUCUCACUCCUCAAACCCAAACCCUUUCCCUCUUUUUUUGCACAAGAAAAAAAAAACUUGUUUCUUAUUCGUUAGGGUUUUUGUUUUUGGGUUUAAUCACAUUCAUUGGCCUCUCUGUUUCCCUCUGACAGAAGAGAAACAGACCAACUAGAGGCCAACAAGGGAAAAAACGUUUAUUUAUUUAUUUUUAUUUUCUUCUAAAUUUUGAUCCCUUAUUUCAUUGUUUUUCUGUUGUGUUUUUAUUCCAUAUUCUCCACCUAUUCAUCGUGGCUUCGUGGGAUUGAAAAAGUUGCUAAAUUUUCGGUCAUUCUUAAAAUCCCACUUUCAAAUCAAAAACCGUUCCUUCCUCUCUCUAUAACAAAAAGUUUUAAUUUUUUGUAUACCCAACACAGACCCAUUUUGUUUUUGCGUUUGCUUGUAUCUUGCAAUGGAAAAAAAUUGGAUUUUGAGAGUGGUGUUAAUGGUGGGGUUAAUGGGUCUGUAUGUGGAAGGACUUGGUGUGAAUUGGGGAACUCAAGCAACACACCAGUUACCCCCUGAAACUGUGGUUCAGAUGUUGAAGGAUAAUGGGAUUCAAAAAGUGAAACUUUUUGAUGCUGAUGAUAAUACAAUGAGUGCUUUGGCUGGUAGUGGAAUUGAAGUUAUGGUUGCUAUCCCAAAUAAUCAGCUUGCUGUUAUGAAUGAUUAUAAGCGUGCUCAACAAUGGGUUAAGAAGAAUGUUACUCGUUAUAACUUCCAUGGUGGAGUUAAUAUCAAAUAUGUAGCAGUUGGGAAUGAGCCCUUUUUGAAAUCUUACAACAAUUCAUUCUUGAACAUCACACUGCCUGCACUUCAGAACAUUCAAAAUGCCAUUAAUGAAGCCGGCCUUGGAGACACCGUAAAGGCUACCGUGCCCUUAAACGCCGACGUGUAUCAGUCUCCGGAGGACAAUCCUUUACCAUCUGCAGGAACAUUUCGGCCUGACAUCAGCGGUCUUAUGACUGAGAUGGUGCAAUUUCUCAACAAGAACAGCGCACCAUUUACCGUAAACAUAUACCCCUUCUUAAGUCUUUACGGAAACGAUGAUUUUCCGUUUAACUACGCCUUCUUUGACGGGGUAGACGCUCCGAUAAUGGACAAUGGAAUUCAAUAUACCAAUGUCUUCGAUGCAAAUUUUGAUACAUUGGUUUCUGCUCUCAAAUCGGUCGGUUUUGGGGACACGCCCAUUUUGGUAGGAGAAGUAGGAUGGCCUACAGAAGGCGACAAGAACGCCAACGCAGGCAAUGCAUUAAGAUUCUACAACGGCCUUCUUUCACGUCUCGCAGCAAACAAAGGAACACCUCGCCGUCCUGGAUUCAUCGAAGUUUAUCUGUUCGGACUCAUCGACGAGGACGCCAAAAGCAUUGCGCCGGGGAACUUCGAGAGACACUGGGGAAUAUUUCGAUACGACGGACAACCUAAGUUUCCAAUGGAUCUUACUGGUCAAGGUCAAAACAAAUUUCUAAUAGGUGCACAAAAUGUGAAGUAUCUUUCUCCAACAUGGUGCAUGGUUAACCCUGAUGCCAAAGAUCUUAGCAAACUAGCUGAUAACCUUAAUUUUGCUUGCGCUUAUGGAGAUUGCACUGCACUUGGUUAUGGAUCUUCUUGCAACAACCUUGAUGCUAUUGGAAAUGCUUCUUAUGCAUUCAACAUGUACUACCAGGUGCAAAAUCAGAAUCGUCAAGCAUGCAAUUUUCAAGGUUUAGCUAAGCUUACUACAGACAACAUUUCAACACCUACUUGCAAUUUUACCAUUCAGAUUGCUCCUUCUUCAGCAUCUUCUUUGAUGCCUUCAUUUGCUGCUUUGUUGUUUGUUGCUCUUUUUAUGAUUCUCUUAGCUUAGUAUUUUCUUUGUACAUACAUUAGAGAGAGAUGCUGCUGUUAUUUUUUAUUUUUGGUUUCUUCAUUUCUUGGAGAUAGGUACACUCGAUGAUAUUUAGUUUAUUGAUUUUUGAUUUAUUUAAUAAAGAGUUUUUCAGAUUCAGAGUA